UCAUUCGAUUCUUCAGUUCCAACUAAAUCAUUUGAUUAACUUUCAAUUCUUUGCUUUUGCAACUCAAACACCAAACACCAAACCAACAUCAAAAUGAACACCUUCACCGUUGUCGCUCUUUUCGCCCUCGUCGCUGUCUCUCAAGCUGGUUACUUGUCUGCCCCCAUCGCUGCUGCACCUCUCGCUUACGGUUACGGAGCUGCCUAUGCUGCCCCAGCCAUCGCUGCACCUUUAGCCGCUACUUACUCCCACACCGUCCACACUGCCCCAGCUUUCGCCGCCCCAAUCGCUUCAUACGCUGCCCCAAUCGCCGCUGCACCUUUAGCCGCUAAAGUUUUGGCCCCAGCUUACUCAGCUCCUCUCGCUUACGGAUACGGAGCCCCAUUCGCCUACUCAGCCCCAUACGCUUACUCUCCAUUCGCCGCUAAGGUUGUUGCCCCAGCAAUCCACACCGGUCUUUUCGGAGCCCCAGUUGCUGCCAUCCUCAAAAAGUAAAUGAAUCAGUGUUAAUAAGUGCUAAUUCCCCUCCUCUCUCAAUCUACUGCCAUGACAAUACCUUAGUUUAAAUACCUCCGGAUAAACAGUUCCUUCAAAAUCAGCUUAGAUAAAAUAAAAAAAAAACUUCUUUGUA